GUAGGCGCCAUGGCGAUUCAUUUUAGGGGGUUCUGCAUGCCAUGGCAGAAUAUCACGAGAAGACUCCAAUGAGAAUGUUGACGGGUAAAGCAGUGAACCUCACCAUGGACAAGCCGAAGGCGCGGAAGACCAAAACAUACCAAGCAUGCCAAAAACGAAGAAAGAAGACCAGGAUCCACAAGUGGCAAGAUGUGCCUGUGCACACAUCUUGUGUGCAUUUAAUCAAAAGGGUGGCAAGGAUUCUAGGCGGGUCUCACCCUCGAAGUGGAAUGAUGCUGUGGUUUUAAGUUCAAGCGGUUGGAUUUCUUGCAAUUUCGAUGUCCUUCAACUUUGUCGUUCGAGUGUGAAGAAGGCAUUCUUCAUGCUUCAGCGACCCAACAUCUGAAGUUGAGUCUUGCACAUGUAUCAUCGUUUGAAGUGAAACACAAAACAAAA